UAUGAGAUGUAACAACAGCGAGUAGCUACACUUAUGUACAUUUCGUGCCAAAGUUUCAAGAAAAUAUCUCCACAAACUAGGGUAGAGCUAAGAUGAUACCAUUAAAUGGAGUUGAUAUUUUUCAAGAGUGUACAGUGCAAUAUUCCAGGCGAACUGAAACCCCUUUCCUGCCUUAAUUCUAAAAUACGAACUGUAUUCAUCAGAUAUAAAAUCUUCUGAUCAGAUGUUAGUUUUAAAGCUUUGCAUGAAUUACUUCUGCCGUUUAAAUUGGGUAUAAACAAUGGAAUCAAACACCAAUGUGGCAAAUAACGCGCCGACUACUGACGUCAUUCGUGCCAAGCAAAACGUAGUAUUUGCGGUUCUUACACUUUUGUUAAACACAGCUGUCAUUGUUUCCAUAGCAACGUCUUCAUUUCUGAGACAAAAGUCGAAAUAUCGAACAAUUAUAAGUAUUAGUAUAGGAAAUAUUAUUGCGUGUUUUGCAUACUUUCCCUUGGAUACAGCAAAAUCUCUUGGAUUUCAAGGUGUCCAGGAAUUAAAUCUAACACUAAAGGCAUUUAUAAAUGGCGUCCACACGUUCUGCGUGCCUGCAGUCAUAGGAUUUAGUCUAAUGUUUAUCGGACUGGAAUAUUGUAUCACUAGAAAAUAUGGAAUCAUCGCUCAUAAAAGAGUAUCUAGGACACAGAUAAGUUUGUGGAUUCCUUGGACUUUCGGAUGUGUAGCUCUCCUAUUGCUUGUGUUAACUCCCUGUCCUCAAGUUCUAACGGAUUAUGUCAACACCCAGCAAAUUCAAGCUGUGACAUCACCAUUUAAUAAGAAAAAUGUUGUAGUAGCGUCCCCUUGUCAGUAUAUUAUUUCACUGGCUUCUAUUUUAUCUUUGACUAUUGGAUGGGGUUUCAUACCCUUGCUACUGGCCUUCUUGGUCGUCUUGUAUGCCAUCCAGCUGAAUGUGAGAUACCGGUUAUCACGUGACUACAGACAGGUGGUGAGUAGCCUGACCGACUCUGUGACCUCUGACAGAGAGGUGACCUGGUCGCAGAAACUCCUGGACACGGCUGUGGCGACGUUUCUGCUGCUCGGCGUCCAUGUUCUCUACCUCACUCAGCGGCUCUCUGAGGUCACGUGUCUGCCUGAAAGCUACUGCGUGAUGGCGCUGUCAGCCAACCGUAGCGUGGAGCUGGCCAGGUGGGCUAUGGCGUUCAUCCUACCUGCAGUCUGGUUGUUGGAUGAGGACUUUAGGACGGUGUGUGCUUUUAUCUGCGGACGUUUGUGUCUUGGUCUUAGUGCCAGUGGAUAG